AUGGCCGAAACGUCGGCGAGCGGUUCUCCUGGAUCCAGCAGGGGCAAGGUCUUGCGGCGCAGCAACAGCAGCAGGCUGCGGAUGCACGCGCCGUCGUCUAUACAGGUGGCUCCGCCGUCCGGGUGCGCGUCGGAGUGGAAGGUCGCCAUCCCCCUCCUGUCGCCGCUGGACAUCCUGUCGCUGCCGGGGCCCGCAGAGAUUGCCUCCGUCGCGGCGCCGGAGAAGAAGCAGCAGGUCUCCGGUGGGGGGGACGACAAGGAGAGUGCCGAGUUCAGAUGGUCCGCCUGGCAGCACCCGGCCGAGCCGUUCUAUUAUGAGCCGAUUCCGAGCAAUACGCCGGCGUUUGCGAUCCCCCACCGCGCCUCAUGA